AUGGCAGCUACCAUGUGCUGGUUGCAGGCGGCCAUGGCAGCUCGAGCCGAGGCCAAGCAGGCUGAGGCAGAGUUGGAGCAGCCGCAUGGGAGGCCGCAACAGAGUAACAGGGGGUCUGAGAAAGCUGGUGGUGGCCGGAGGCUCGGGCUGCGGUGGAAGCAACUGACGGUGAUUGCGGUGGGUAGCAACGGAGCUGGAGCCAUUGCCAUGGCAGUCGCGAAGCUGCAUUGUAGCAGUUGGCCAGCAACGCAGUCGACGUCGAGGGCGGUAUGGCGGCGACCAGUGCACCCGAAGGAGGCCUGCGGGGGCGGUGGCAAGGCCGGGAACGCUACAGCGUGGUGGCUGGGGAAGCUGAUUUGA